CCGUGUCGAUCCUCCGUGUCGAUCCUCCGUGUCGAUCCUCCGGGUCGAUCCUCCGUGUCGAUCUUCCGUGUCGGUUCAAUGAGCGCGGUCCCCUGCAGGGACUCCGGGGCGUCGCCGAUGCCGAAGGAGCACCAGGCGCGAGUCACUUUUCUCUGGAUCGACGAGAACUACGAGACGACCGACGGCAUCUGCGUCCCAAGGAACAUCAUCUACCAGCAAUACGUCCACUUCUGCGACCUUCAGGCCUUUCAGCCCGUCGGCCCUGCGACCUUCGGAAAGAUGGUGAGGCAGAAAUUCCCAAACAUCACGACGAAGCGGCUCGGCACGCGGGGAUUGAGCCGAUACCAUUAUUACGGGCUGGGGAUCAAGCCGACGUCGCCAUACUUCGGCCCCGUCUACACGGGAUCCGGGCUCACGCGGUUCUCGGGCACGAAGUUGCGCUGGGAGGGCGCGGGGAAGCGGUUCGCGCCGGGCCGGCGCGAGUUGGCGCCGAUCGCGGUCGCGGACGUCCCGCCGUGGAAGCAGAUCCAGCGCCUCCCAGCGAUGAACAGCACCGACUUCAUCAGCGCCCUCCUGGCGGCGCAGAACGAGGAGUUCCUGCUGGUCCUGAACGACGCCCUCGUGCCGCCCGGCCUGCAGGAAGUGUCGUCCUCGCACGUGAAGGACGCCUCGGCCUUCCUCGACAUCGCGCCGAAGCUGGUGAAGAAACUCGUGGAGCAGAUGCCGGGGGAUGCGCUCAAGGGCAAGUUCCUGGAAGCGGGAAAAGGUCGAGGAUGGAUGUACAAUAUUGCCCUGCCUGCAGGCAUGGAUUCCUUCGUCUGGAUGGUGAGGAAGCAGUUCGGGAUUCUCCGGUGCAGCUCGACCGUGAGGGCAAUCCUGAAACAUCCGGAUCGAUGCCAAAGGAUGUCCAGGGACCUCCAGGCCCUCGACAUCCCCAGCAUCCUCAGACAAGCACGAUGC